AUGGAAGGAAAUCCGUGCAGAAACCUUAUCCUUUUCAAUGCCUCCAAAAAUGAGCAGCUUACUCUUAACCGAGGAUUCAAGGUAUUGAGUCGGAAACUACGAUCCCAGUGGCAAUUCCAGAGUAACAAGGAUGAAAUCAGUGACAAGAAGUUGUCUGAUGUCAGCGUGUAUGUCCUGGCAGCACCCCGCGAAAAAUUCACACAGAGUGAAUUCAAUGCCAUCAAGAGGUACAUUGCAAGUGGUGGAAGUGUGCUUGUUUUGCUCAGUGAAGGGGGAGAGGAGCGCCUGCAAAACAACCUGAAUUUCCUUCUUGAAGAGUUUGGAAUCAUGGUGAACAACGACUCUGUUGUUCGUACAACAUACCAUAAGUAUUUCCACCCGAAAGAAGUCUUGGUACAGAAUGGCGUUCUGAACCGUGCUAUCAGUCUUGCUGCCGGAAAGCUAAUAAUGGGUGGAGCUGGUGAAGGUGACAAUGUAAACAACGCGCAGGCACUUUCAUUUCUGUACCCAUUUGGGGCAACAUUGAAUGUGAUUCGGCCUGCUGUAUCAAUUCUGUCUUCAGGCAGCGUCUCAUUUCCUCUUAACCGUCCGGUAUGUGCGUUGAGCUCUGAGAACAAGUCCCAUGGUAAGCUUGCUGUUCUCGGCUCUGUCCAGAUGUUCAGCGAUGGCUAUAUUGAAAAAGAAGAGAACAUGAAAAUCCUGGAAGUGUUACUCAAAUUCCUUACGACAAACGACAUCAAGCUGAACCAGAUUGAUGCUGAUGAUCCAGAGAUAUCAGAUUAUAAUAUGCUGCCUCAGGUAGAAACAGUAUCUAGGGAGCUUAAAACAUGCCUUCAGGAAACAGAAGACAUACCUCGGGACAUUGCCACCCUGUUUGAUAAUUCCUUGUACAAGCUGGACACAUCUCUUGUGCCAACUGCAAUCCAGUCUUAUGAUGAACUCCAUGUGAAACAUGACACUCUUGCUUUGAUCACUCCACAGUUUGAAACCCCACUUAGCCCCCUGCAACCAGCUGUGUUUCCCUUGUCGCUCAGAGAACUGCCUCCACCCAGCCUUGAUUUGUUUGAUCUUGAUGAGCAGUUCUCGUCAGAGAAGGCCCGCUUGGCCCAGUUGACCAAUAAAUGUUCUGAUUCAGAUUUGGAGUAUUAUGUCCGAGAAUGCGGGGAUAUUCUUGGAGUGACCAGUAAACUGUCAUCAGACUCAAGAGAUGCUAAGCAUAUACUCGAAUAUAUCUUUCACCGAGUGGUUGAGUUUAAAAAACUGAACCAGGAAACAGAAUGUGAAAACAUAUAA